GAUCAAAAUGCUGUUAUAUGAUAAUUCCUCCACCUGUCUAUUACCCCACACUUUUUCCUGCCAUGUAUAUGGCAGACAAAGAAGGAUUUUAUACAUUAACAUAUCCGCUUAAACAAGUGAUUAACGAUCGUCGCAGUGUGAUUGCCUGUACCUAUUACAAACAAAAGCAGCACAGUUCAGAUGUGUUAGCUAAGUGCAUUUUACCGCUUCUAGACACAGCUGCUUCCUAACCGUAUUCUGGUACACGUUUCAGUGAUGGUAUGCCAUUCCAGGAAUAGAGUGGCUACGUUUCCAGAGCAGAGAUGGUCAUGAAGUGAACAUGCCAGCAACAACUUGUGAAAGAAGUCAGGUUGCCAAACUUCUUAGGUUCAAGAAGCUACUGGUCAGCUCGUUUCGACUGUUUAGGAUCUCAUUGGCUGAGUCAAUCGGAGUGGGGAUUAUCAGCUUUAUGAUUAUUCUUUCUGAACCUAAUGUUAACAUACCGACACAUGCUGCCAUCAUCGGAGCGGCUUUCGCAGUGGCUGUCUGGAUCACAGGGCCUAUUAGCGGUGGUCAUGUGAAUCCUAUUGUUUCCCUGGCUUUUGUGAUUACUCGCAGAAUAUCAGUUCUCGCCUUCGUUGCAUACGUAUGUGCCCAGGUCAUCGGGGCCAUAGUUGGAUCCAUCAUCGCAUGGGCGCUUAUGGUGAAGCACACCAGUAAUUUGGGAGUAACUCGGAGGAUUCCCGGACUCUCGCAAUCAAAAUGCAUUGGCUUGGAAAUUCUUGGCAGCUUUGUGCUAGUCAUGAGCGUGCUAUCUACAGCCGACGAAUUUCGCACCGUACCACGUACACAAGGUCACGUCACUACAUUUCCAAUUGUGUUUGGGAUCACGAUGGCACUGCUGAUUUCGGUAUUGGCUCCCUAUACAGGUGCUGGUAUGAACCCUGCUGUUACUAUUGGGACUUCAGUGAUUAGUCGUCAAUUCAACGAAAUAUGGAUAUAUAUUGUUGGACCAUUUGUCGGUUCUGUGUUGGCAGCGCUGAUAUAUGAAGUGCUCCUUACAAACGCUGCAUCAAUAGCUCGCCUGAAGGCAUGGUGCACGGAAAGAAAUUUUGAUCGUUCAAGGGAUUACUGCGUCGUCAACCUCGACGAUGGAUAA